UCAGAGAAGGAGAGGAUCCCGUGCGUUUUCUCCUCUCUUCUGUGGAUUACAGAUGGGCUUUGUGAACCUCCAGUGCAGUCUCAUGGAUGAUCGCUCGCUGCCAGUCAUUAGGAUAAAGUACAAAGAGGGACACAAGUGGCUUGGGCUCGAGUGGAGAUUGAUUGAAGUGAUCUGUGUGAAUCCUAUUAAUGCAUCCUGGAUUCUGGCCAAGGCAGAAGCAAUGGAGGGGAACACCGCUGUCUAGCAGCACAAUCUGAUCUGCCUCCUCAGUGGACAAACUGAGUGCCCUCUGCACUCUCUCUUCAACAACACUCCUCCUCCUCUUUUCACCCAGGCAAGGAUGGUACCUCCACCUCCCACCAACAAGCCCCACGUGUGCCUUUCCACCAUCCUGAUCAUGAGCAGCAUGGCGCUGAUUGAUGCCUACCUGGUAGAGCAGAACCACGGACCACGCAAGAUUGGCAUCUGCAUCAUGGUGAUGGUGGGAGACAUCUGCUUCCUAAUUGUCUUGCGUUACGUGGCGGUGUGGGUGGGUGCUGAGGUACGCACAGCUAAGCGAGGCUACGCCAUGGUCCUCUGGUUCCUUUAUAUCUUUGUGCUGGAGAUCAAGGUCUACUUUGUGUAUCAAAACUACAAGGCAGACAGAAAGAGCCUGGACGCUCUCGCAAGGAAAGCGCUGACGUUGCUGCUGUCCAUUUGCAUCCCAGUGCUGUUUGUGGUGUUAGUUGCUAUCGACCAUAUGGAGUAUGUUCGGGCCUUCAAGAAGCGCGAGGAGAUCCGUAAUCGCCUCUUCUGGGUGGUGGUGGACUUGCUGGACAUACUGGACAUUCAAGCCAACCUGUGGGAGCCUCAAAAAAAGGGGCUUCCUUUGUGGGCGGAAGGCCUGAUGUUCUUCUACUGCUACAUCCUGCUGCUCGUGCUGCCCUGCGUGUCCUUGAGUGAGAUCAGCAUGCAGGGCAUCAACAUCGUGCCCCACAAGAUGCUCCUGUACCCCAUCCUCAGCCUGGUCACCAUCAACAUCAUCACCCUCUUCAUCCGCGGGGGGAACAUGAUUCUGUACAGGGACGCCAGGGUAUCCGGGAUCCUAAUAGGAAAGAACGUGCUGGCCAUCAUCCUAAAGACCUGCAGCUUUGUGCAGUACCGGAGACAGUUGCAGAACGCUUCUCCUGCCUUUGGGGUGGAGAUGCAGAAAAACUCGGUGGCCCACGCUCGCCCUGCCCCCACUCCCCCUCAAGUGGUCAUGCAGGACCAGACGCCCCUCCCUGAAGUGACAACGUGCGAACACACAUGACAGAAUGGUGAGGUGAAUCCUGGAAAUGUCAAUAUGAAUAUACAUGACCCUCAGGACGCUGGCAGGGCACAAUGUUCCACACCUUUUACGGCAGUGAACACUCACA